CAAGAACCAAAAGGUGGCCAAUGAUCUCACUGUGGAACUUUGGGCGACUUCUUUUCUUUCAUGGUUUUGUGUUGUUUUAUAGAUCGUGUGAGCCAUUUGAUUCUAGAGCCUGUUAUUCAGGAUCAGAGGCAGGACAAAUUUUAGAUUAAAGGGCGCCCCUUAAAGUGCUAGGGUUUAUGGCUACGCUACUCGUUCCAUGGACACCACGCAAUGUCCGGCCCGGCGUCCCUUGGAGCGAUGCCAGGCUUUGUGGGAAGCGAAGAUCUUCGCUACUGUGCUGCAAUGCCAGUGGGAAGGAGCACAGCUUCGAUGUCAUCGUUGUUGGAGGCGGCCAUGCCGGCUGCGAAGCGGCCCUAGCAGCGGCGAGAAUGGGGGCUCGCACAUUGAUGCUCACACUCAAUCUCGAUCGAAUAGCUUGGCAGCCUUGCAAUCCUGCUGUUGGUGGCCCGGCGAAAUCGCAACUGGUGCACGAAGUGGAUGCUCUUGGCGGAGAGAUUGGAAAGAUCACCGAUAAGUGUUAUUUGCAAAAGCGAGUGUUGAAUCGUUCCAAAGGUCCUGCGGUGUGGGCUUUGCGUGCUCAAACCGACAAGAGGGAGUACGCUAGAGAGAUGAAGAAGGUCGUGGAAACAACAGAGAAUCUGUUUAUCCGGGAGUCUAUGGUGACUGAGGUGCUGGUUGGAAGAAAUGACAAUGUUGAAGGGGUCGGCACCUUCUUCGGCGUUAGUUUCUUUGCACCGGCGGUGGUUCUGACGACCGGGACGUUUAUGAAUGGAAAGAUAUGGGUUGGACGCAAAUCCAUGAGCGCAGGGAGAGCGGGCGAGUCGGCAUCGCAAGGACUUACGGAGAACCUUCAGAGUUUUGGUUUUGAGACCGACAGGCUUAAAACGGGAACUCCCGCAAGGGUAGAUGUUCGGACUGUGGAUACAAGCAGAUUGGAGUCGCAGCCUGGUGACGACGAGGUGAGGUGGUUUAGCUUUGAUCCAGCCGCACACGUUGAGAGAGCCCAGCAGUGUUGCUACAUUACACGGACGACGCCAGAGACUCACAGGCUCAUUAACGAAAAUUUACUUGAAACUCCAACAUAUGGAGGAUGGGUGGAAUCGAAAGGCCCCAGAUAUUGCCCUUCCAUCGAAGACAAGAUUGUCAGAUUUAAAGACAAAGACAGCCACCAAAUAUUUCUAGAACCGGAAGGAAGAAGUGUUCCCGAGCUUUAUGUCCAGGGAUUUUCGACUGGAUUACCGGAGAGAUUGCAGCUAGCUUUACUGCAAACCUUACCUGGCUUAGAACACUGUGCCAUGCUGCGACCAGCAUAUGCCGUGGAGUAUGAUUAUUUGCCUGCAAACCAGUGCUAUCCGACGCUAAUGACAAAGAAGCUAGAGGGUUUAUAUUUCAGUGGACAGAUAAAUGGAACAACUGGAUAUGAAGAAGCUGCUGCUCAGGGUUUCGUAGCAGGUGUUAAUGCUGCAAGAUAUUGCUGCAAGAAGGAUUCUUUUGUUCUGGAACGGGAGAGCUCAUAUAUAGGAACACUAAUAGACGACCUGGUAACAAAGAACUUAAGAGAGCCAUAUCGCAUGUUAACAAGCCGUUCAGAACAUCGUCUGCUACUUCGGGCAGAUAAUGCAGAUAGUCGUCUUACUCCGGUGGGGAGAGACCUCGGCUUAAUCGAUGACAGACGGUGGUCUCUUUACCAGGAGAAACAGUCUCGUAUUUCUGACGACAAAAAACGUCUACAGACCACUCGAUACUGUUCCGAGAAAAUGAACGCAGAGGUUCUGCAGUUAUCCGGGCAACCUGUUGAUGGUCCAGUUUUGCUAAACAUGCUCUUGAAGAGGCCUCAUGUCCAUUAUGAGCUACUGGAUAAACAUGGCGCUGGAAAUCCUUUGCUAUCACGGGAAGAGAAGGAAUGCGUGGAGAUUGAUAUCAAGUACGAGGGCCUCAUAGCUCGUCAAACGAUACAGCUUAAACAGAUGGCAUUAAAGCUGCAUAAAGAAAUUCCUGAUAGUGUUGAUUAUACCUCAGUCGCGACGUUGUCAAAAGAAGCAAGAGAGAAAUUGACACAAAUACGACCUCGAAAUAUUGGACAGGCUUCACGAAUUGGUGGAGUAAGGCCAUCAGACAUAUCGUCCUUGCUUGUUCACUUGGACGUGCUGAAACGUGUAGAAGAAACAGUUGCUCAAUCAAAGCCACGAGCUUGAUCUCUCUUCGGGUACGUGUGAAUAUUUUUCACACAUUGGGACCCAGGCA